GAUGACCCAAGUUUUAUUUAUUCAUUUUUUUUUGUCUUCUCUGUGUCUCUUUCCUGCUCCAAACAGCUUAUAUAUGUCCUAGAUUGGUCACUCAAUGUCCCAGGCUGAGCUGCAUUCAUGUCUGGUCAGCUGUGCUUUCCCAACUACAAACCCCGCUGAGUGAUUCAACAUUUAAAAAAGCAUUUUAAAGAUUCUUUCUUGAUGUGAAUGAAAGGGAAGCUUUUCAUUUUGUAGUGUCUGGAGGAGUUAGCACUGACUUGUGAAAACAGGACUGUUCUGCGGUAAAGGGUGGGCGUCAGGGCUGCCCCCCUGCUAUGGUCAUAUCUCUGCAGGGUGGCUAGUGAUUGGCCAGCACUAGGAGACAGGUCUUGACAGGUGUUUUGGAAGAGGUGCACCUGUUUGGCCAUGUCCUUGUUUAGUGAUCCGUUUACUGGAAGCUGUCGAGAGCGUCUGUGAGGCACCCGAAACACGCCAAGUCAUCUGAGUAAAGCAUUACAUCCAUGCUUUUCUCUAGACUUCAACACCUUCCAGAUGACUUUUAAAAGAUAAUAUAUAAAGUAUUGACUCGCUUUAUGUAUUAUAGAACAGGUCUAAGUUCUGUCUGCCCUUGAGUGCUGCCGUUUGGUCGCUGCUCACUCACAGCUCGACUACAACACCUCCCUAAAUGGCUCGAGCCAAUGGGUGCGGCGUGCUGAAGGCUGGCCAGGCUUCUUGUGAAAGCAGAGCAGCCCUGCCCGUCUCACUUAGCCAUGCCCAACCAGUCCAACCAAGAUAUUCCCAUAAUGAGCAGGUCGGAGGCCUAAAUUUGCAGGUUGAGAUCAGAUCUGUGGCUCGGCGGUGGUGAAAGUGCAUAGUUUUAACCCAAGUAAACACAGGCCUUUCAGGACCCUAACUAAAGAGGGUUGUUAUAGUAAACAGGAAAUGAACCAGCAAGGCGUUUUCUUAGAAUGAGAAGAAUGCCUCUGCUCUGUACCACACCAAACAGUAAUGCAUCUGUGGUACAGCAAUGGUCAUUCAUUAUCCAGAGGGCUUCUCUCUUUCUCUUGCUCCCCUCUGGGCAUUGUGGACAAUUAUGUGGGUGUUUUUCUGAACUUCCUUUCUGUGUGCACCAUGCAUAUUAAGAUUGUUUAUCGUGCCUCAGAAUGCGCUCUCGUAAAAAAAAAAAAAUAAAUAAAAUAAAAUAUGAAUGCUCACGAACAAGUGGGGACAAAAUGAGCAGUUAGACAUUUAGCAUCAUCUGCUCUUAACGAGGAUUCGUGCAGGAGUUUAAUGUGCACGUUUUAGGAAAUGCAGCUCAAACUGAGGUUGUGGUGAGGCGUGCUGGGUUAGCCGCAUUGUCUUCAUCAACCUUAGCGUACUGUCACAUUGCUGUCAGAGGAUGCAGCAGCUGUAGAAGUACCCCCACUCUUCCCUCUGCUUCCCACACAUGCAUACAGCAUGCAGACAUCGCACAUGUGCACCACAUGGUCCCCGCUUCGUACAGUUUCUCUUUCUCUAUUGGUCGCACACACACAGACACAACUUCCACUCUGCAGGAUGACGAGGACCAGAAACACCAGACUAGGGUCUCAUUAAUGUGUGUCGGUUCCUCUUCUCCGGCUCACACUCUGACCCCCCCGCAUCCACAGGAGUCAGUGACCUUCCUGUAGAAACGAGGCCUCCGAGGCGACCCACAGACAGGGCAGGGCGCUGCUGUGGACCUGCAGCUGCCUGAUAGAGGAGUCUUGAGAGCCACACAUAAAUCAUGUUUUGAUGUACACUUCCUUGAUAUCACAAGCUGUCACAUGCUGUCAGCAAGUCUUGUUAACACUGCUUUUCAGAGCUGUAAUGAGGAGCAGAGAACAGCCUGUAGAAAGAGGGAGUAAAGAAGUCCAGGAUUGGGGCAUUUUAGUUUAGUUUCUUCCCCCCUUAAAGUUAGGAAAGACUUAUUGAAAUACCAAGCUUUUUGUUUCUAUGACAUGCUAAUCAGAUACUAAAACCUGAGUCCUCCAUCCUCAAGAUGAACGGCUCAUAACUGAAAUGUAAUGAAAAGUAUACACAAAUAAAAUAAAUUUGUCUAAUACGUAAAGAUGUUCGAUAAGAAAAAGGAGGAAGACAAGAUUAAUUGUACCGAUGUUUUAGGUGCAAGUUUAGAUGUGAAGAGGAGCAACAUCAAAGUGCAGAAAACUAAAAUUAACCAAUCACCGUGUGCAACCUUUAAAAUUAAUUUUACUGAAGGUUCUGUGCUGGUGGGCUGUUGCACGUGUCUUAGACAGCUUGCUACAUUUCUUCUGUGGUUUCAGGCUAAGUCUGCAUCCUCAUGCAAUCCCUGACUGGCUCUGUAAUGUUGAUAAGGCCUCUGUGGGUGUCACACCAUCUGUUGCAGCACUUGUGUGCUUCAUGACUCUCACUAAAUUGAGAAACAAGGGCCAUAAUGACUGUGCUAGUCCUGAUCCCGAUGACUGUUUUGGGCACAGCCCCCUCAUGGAUGACCAUUACGGCAAACUAGGCGAAGACAGUGAUUUAAUGUACAAGCGCUGCGGUGCGCUAAACAAGAAAGAGCACAGAGGUUGUGAUAGCCCGGACCCCGAUGCCUCAUAUGUCCUCACUCCUCACACAGAAGAAAAGUAUAAAAAAAUUAAUGAGGAGUUUGAUAAUAUGAUGAGAAAUCAUAAAAUCCCCACAGCAUUGCCUCAGCAGAACUUCUCCAUGCAUGUGGCAGUGCCAGUCUCCAAUCCGAAUGCCAUGUACCAGGCGGGAGGGAAUCUGAGCAGCCAGGCCCUGGCAGCGGCCACAGGCUCACUGAGUGAGAGUGGGAUGCUGUCCCCUCCGCAGGCCUCUCUGCACAGGAAUGUUGGCUCUGGUGGAGGCUCUCAGAGGCCCACAAGUGCAGGCAGUGCAGGGAACGGUUUUGUUAACCCCAGGGGCUCGCCGGGCCUCCUCAGCACAGCCAGCGGCAACGGCCUGGGUAAAGUCAUGCCUACCAAGUCUCCACCGCCUCCUGGAGGGAACAUGGGAAUGGGAACCCGCAAACCAGACCUAAGGGUUGUUAUCCCUCCAUCAAGCAAAGGGAUGAUGCCCCCACUGUCGGAGGAGGAAGAAAUGGAUUUGAACACCCAGAGGAUAAACAGCUCCCAGUCCAACCAGCCGCUCGCCACUCCUGUUGUGUCUGUUACCACCCCCAGCUUGCCCCCUCAGGGCUUGGUCUACUCAGGCAUGCCCACCUCCUACAAUCCUGCUGACUACUCGCUGAGCAGCGCAGAGAUCUCCUCCCUACAGGGCUUCAGCUCUCCCGGGCUCUCGCUGGGCUCCAUGUCGGCAUGGCAACAGCAUCAACUGGGCCAGGCAGCUCUUAAUUCUUUGGUCGGUGGAGGUCACCUACCUCAGGGCUCCAACCUAUCCAUCAGCACCAGCCAGAACAUAAACAUCAAGUCUGAACCCAUCUCACCACCCCGGGAGCGCGUCACCCCGUCUGGCUUCCCACCGCAUCAGCCGCAGCAAGGGUCCAGCCGACAGGAGGUUCUGGGACGAUCGCCCGCCGACAGCCUCAGCUCGUCUUGUAGCUCAUACGACGGCAGCGACCGCGAGGACCACCGGCCAGACUUCCACUCCCCGCUAGGACUCGGAAGACCCCCUGCCGGUGCUGAAGACAGGGAGAGCCCAUCGGUCAAGCGCUUGCGCAUGGACACGUGGGUGACAUAAGGAGGCCCGGUCCAGUCUUCAGUCACCAGCCAGACAGAGAGAAGGAGGGAUUUAAAAAAAAAACAAGGAAUAAAAGGUCCUUAGAGCUGUCAAUAUUAUACAAUUAUUCAACCCACUUCAGUUUUUAAGACUGAAUCAUAACAUUAUCAGGUGUCAGACAUAUCUAAGUAAAUUCUCAUUCAGUAAGUUUUAAAAAAAGCAUAAAAAUCAGUAAGCUGGACUGAAUUUGUGCACAAGCAGGUGAUAUCAGGUACUUGGUGCAAUUCAGGUGGCGUUAAACUAUAAGACGGUAGAUUAUUGUAGUCGCACGUCUGCUCAGACACUUACAUGUAGUUGCUGUUUUUGCUGUCGUGCUUGCAAGUUUGCAAACAAUCAGAGAAAAAAAUGUUUUGCUUUCAGGCUAAGACAACUCUAUAAUUACUUUACACAGAUAUCCACUGCUGGAACUAUCUUUGAAACGAUGCUGUAACCACACAAAACCUUUUAUUUUUUUUUUGUCUGACGAGGCCUCUUUUUAAUUUAUUCGAGACUUUCACUCAAGAGACACAAAGCACAAAGAGUCCAGCAACUUUAAUAUGACACACAUAAAACACAUGAAACAAUAAUGUGGGAGG